AUGAGCGAUACUCACUCAGACUUACAGUCAAUAGACUCAGAGGCACAGGCGGCGCACGAGCACCCAGUGGAGCUCGCUGCCGAUCAGGAAGAGAAGCCAACGUCAAGAAUCGCUUCACUUUCAAAGACGUCAUCAGUCAAAUUUGACAAGUCCAAGAUCGUUCCGAAAAGUCAACGAAGAGGCAUGUUUGCGUACCUGCUGAUCAUCCCAGAGUACGAUAACCCUAGAGAUCUGCCACCAAUGAUCAAAUACAUAAUUGUCUUCAACGUUGCAUUUUGCGCAAUGAUGGGGCCCAUGGGUACUUCGAUUCUGCUUCCUGCAUCCGACUCUCUUAUUGAAGACCUCCAUACUUCUGUUACUAUAGUGAACAUUAGUAUUGGUAUUUAUUUAAUCAGUUUGGGAGUUUUCCCGUUGUGGUGGUCCAGUUUCAGCGAACGCCACGGCAGACGCAACAUUUAUCUGAUCAGUUUCAUUUUCUAUCUUGGAUUCAGCAUUGGAUGUGCCAUGUCCAAGUCUAUUGGCAUGCUUAUCGGCUUCAGAGUCCUUUCCGGUGCGUGUACGGCCAGUGUGCAAGCAGUUGGUGCCGGGAGUAUUUCUGAUCUGUAUCCAAUUGAGAAAAGAGGUGCAGCUAUGGGCAUUUUUUAUCUAGGAAGUUUGGCUGCUCCAUUGAUUUCUCCGAUUGUUGGUGGUGCUAUCAGCGAAAGGAAAAGUUGGGGAUGGCGUGCUACUCAGUGGUUUUUGGUCAUCCUGGCCGGAGUGUGUGUGAUUCUGCUGCUAUUCUGUCAGCCAGAAACUUUGAGACUGCAAGAUAACAAAGAUGCCGUCAGAAAGCUUCUAAGGGAACGGCUGAAGAAGUCCACCGAUGAGGAAAGCCAGUCUCACGACGAAGAACAGCUGGAACAGGAGGUCGAGAAGGUCAUGACAAGACUUUCUCGCCAAAACACCCAAAUAAACGAGGACCCAGACCCAGUCGAUAUGAACACCCCGAUCGGCAGAGUUCAGACCUCGCAUUCUCAAAACUUCAACACUGCCCGUUUAGAAAAAAUCAUCACAGAAGCAGAAAGCAUGAAAGACGAGCCUGCCCCGACCAGGUGGCAGAAGUUCAAGACCAUUCUUUACAUCUAUGGCUACUCUCCGUUGAGAUCGUUUGCAUUUCUCAGAUAUCCGCCCGUUUUCUUAGCAAUUGCAUACUCUGCGCCAUGUUUUGCCAUUCUUUACUGUCUCAACAUGACUCUGACGUAUUGCUACUCGCGUCCGCCUUACAACUUCGACUCGCUGUUGGUGGGUCUCGUUUACAUUCCUAAUUCCGUCACAUACAUCAUUGCUUCCAUUUGGGGAGGCCGGUUCACAGAUUAUUUGUUGGAGAAAAAGCGCCAGAAGUACGGCGUCCUGGCUCCCGAGGCCAGAUUCGGUAUCAACAUGUAUGUUGCCGCAGCAAUUUUCCCGUGUGCUUUAUUAAUUAUCGGAUGGUGCUUAGAUAAGAAAGAGCAUUGGGUCACUCCAUUGGUUGGUACUGCGCUAUUUGGGUUUGCCCAGAUGAUCGUCAUUGGUACCGUUGUGACCUAUAUUGCUGACUCGCUACCUGGAAAAGGAGCUACGGGAAUAGCCUUGUCGAAUUUCAUCAGAAUGAUCAUGGCAGCAGGCAUUUCGUUUGCAACCGAGCCUUUAAUAAGGGCCCUUGGAGUUGGUGUUCUUUUUUCCAUCCUUGCCGGUGUUACAAUUCCUUUAUCUUUAGUCAUCGUGAUCAUCAAACUUCGCGGAGACCAUUGGCGAGAAACGUUUGAGUUGGAAAAACUUUACGAUAUUGCUGAUGGUUAA